CCCAAGCACCCUAUUUCUAGUUUAGUGCCACCUUUGAGGAAGCUACUUCCAUAAUCGAUUAUUUUUUUCUUACAUCCAGAUGAAAAUCUUAAAUAAAGUGAUUGUAGUACUAUUACUAAACUUGCUCAGCGAUAUACUAUGUUCCAAUGAUUUCAUCUGUGAUUUUAAAAGGAAGGGUUUCCAUAAAUAUGCUGAGAAUAAAAUUCCAGAUUUCAUUCUGGACCACUUUUUGCAAAAGUCCGACGCUCCUUACGCUGAUCCUAUAGAUAAAGAUGCUUUUCGGAAGGCGAGAGGCCACAAUGAGUUCCGGUUCGGAGAUCUUCUAUGGCCUGACGGAGUCGUCCCUCUUGCUUUCGAAAUGAGGAAAAAGGAAGAAUUGAAAAUCUGGAAGAUAUCGGAAAUGAUCAGUAACAACACUUGCAUAAAAUUCGUACCAAAAAAUCACUCUCACCAUGAUUUUGUUAAUUUCAAGUUUGGCAGGGACAUGGGUUCAUAUAUUGGUCGCAUCGGGGGAAAACAAGACGUCGCUAUUUCAUGGCUGUCGCGAUAUGAAGUUCUCCAUACACUCAUGCAUGUUUUGGGGCUUGUGCAUCAAAAUCAACUACCCCUUCGAGACGAGUUCAUCGUGCUUAACAAAAGGAAUAUAAGAAGAGGGAAUAGAAAGGACUAUAGAAACCUUGAACCUUUUGACCAAUCUUUCGGAAUAAUAUACGAAUAUGAGAGCGCUACACAUGUUUCACCUAGAACUGGGGCAUAUAACAAACUCGUCGAUACCUAUGCCACGAAAGAUCCUAUGGGGUUCAUGGGUCUAGCACAGGCUCCUUCACAAGGUGACAUUUGGAAAAUUAAAGUUAUUUACAGUUGCCCUGGUUAUAUUGACUUAAACGUUUCCUGUGAAAAAACCCUUGAGGAUCGCCGAAUUGGUCAAACCCAAGGAAAAGAUAAAAAUAAGGAAGACUAUGGAAAAGAUGUAAAUGCUGAAGAUGGUGCAAUUCAUGACAACUACGUCAGAGAUGGCGAAGAUUAUAUGAUUAAUGAGUACCAGAAGUAUAUGGAUGACUAUUGAUUUGUGAAACACUUGUUAAUAAUUUAAAUUUUAAGUAAAAG